AUGAGUGAUGCUGAGGUUCACCACGAACGUGACACCGAGGAGAACAAGCCUAUCAACUUCGAAUGGACUCCUGAACUCGUGAAGAUUGGAACCUCUCGCGGCGCGAUACAUCCGUCGAUUGGUCCCCUCGAAUUCUACAACGGCUUCGGACGGGAAUAUAAGUACCGGCCCGGCAUGACCCUGCCAGACCCCGCGGAUACGCGGGAGUGUAUGAGGUGGGUUGGGCUAUCCGACAAGAAGAUCAUUGAGGUGGAACAAAAGUACAAUGAAAUACAUCCAGAUCAACAAGGACCCAGCCGUGGAUAUGACGAGAAAUUUCAGCACCAUGAACAUGCCUACAAUGAAAUUACAUUCCCUAAGAUUGAGGAAAUGUUGGAUAUGUUCAUUCAAGGAAUGCACGAUGACCACGAUGAGCCUGAAUAUACCCAUAAGGGUUACAUUGAGAAGGGCAUCCAGCUAGGACUCCGGCCAGAAUUUGCAAUAUUCUGUGGACUACAUGAGACUGAUCCCCGAGCUAUUGCUGAGCCCCGCCUAUUCGAGGAAUUAUGGUUUGUCAUCAACAGCCCAGCAUCUAUCAUGAGUGAUACCCUUAUUCCGUUUUGGAUACAACUUAGGGAAUUAAUAAUGUCGAAGCUGUUAUACGAGGGGAAGGCAUGGACGGAUCGUGAUGGAACAUGGUUGGUCCGCGAGGGGGAAAAUAUGGAUCAAGCGAAAGCGAGAGUGGAUGAUCGAGAGCGUCAGAGGCUAAAAGGGCAAGCGAUAAAGGAAAAUAAAGAAAGACUGGAACGCUACUACCAAGAUCAGGCCAGAGAGCACGCGGAGGACUUGGCAAGGUGGGCAGAAGAAGACAGAUUGGAGGCGGAGAUGCUGAAGCAACAAAGUGACAAAGCCUGUUCGGCAGAAGGAUGA